CGCUGCUCCGCGGUGCUCCACUACUGUCUCAGUGGCUGGCUCGUCGCUGUACGUCGAGGGUGAACGAUUCGAGGUGCGAGGAGUGGCGUACUCGCCCCUGCUCUCCUUUGAACGCCGCUUCGAGGCGCCUCCCGACCUAUUCACGCCUGAGCGACGAGCCGUCUGGCAUGACGACCUGCAGCUUCUCGCGGGGCUGGGUGCAAACACGCUCAGGCUCUACAACUGGGACCCCGCCCUCCACGGCGGCGCUGCGGGGCUCGCGUUUCUCGACUCGGCGGCCGCCGCCGGGCUGCGAGUGAUGCUCCCCAUCUCCAACUACUUCUUGGAGCACCGCGAGGCGGCGAGGGCGAUCGUCCAGCGCAUCGCCAGACACCCGGCGAUCCUCCUCUGGGCAGUUUCCAAUGAGCCGGAUGCAGGGAAGCCGGCGGGCUCGGCGGAGGCGAAGGCCGCCUUUGCGAGGGUGGCUUCCCUGACCCGCGUCGUGCGCGAAGCCGAGGACGCGCUCGGCACCUGGCACCCCAUCACCGUGCCGCUCACCUGCGAGACGCGCCACCUCGCCGCCCUCGCCGCCGCGGGCGCCCUCUGGGACGUCGACGGCUUCAACUGCUACUGGGGUUUCAGCAAGCCCGACCCGGCAGACUUUUUCUACGCGCGCCACGCCGCUUCGACGGCGGCCGCCCGCGCCGCCAGUGCCGCCAGUCCCCUCCACGCCGCCUCCCGGGCUCGCGGCAGAGCUGGCGGCGGCGCAGGAGGCAACCUCUCCCUCGGCACCUCCCGGCCGCUCCUCCUCACCGAGUGGGGCUCCGAUUCGUACGACAACAUUGCGGGCGCCUCGAGCGAGGACGAGCAAGCCGAGCUUCUAGUGGCGCAGUGGCGGCGCCUCAUCUCGGCGGAGGGCUCCGCCGCCGCCGUAGCGCCCGGCGGCGCGGCGGCGCUUGGCGGGGCCGGGAUGCCUCAGGGCGCAGGCACGGUUGGCGGUGUGGUCUUCGAGUGGGCGGAUGAGCCUUGGAAGGCGGCGGGCCGGACAAACAAUCUCGGCUCGCCGUGCUCGCCCGCGCGGCCCGGCGUGCUCGCUGGCUGGGGGCCCAACGCGCUGCCGGACGCGUGCGCCAACGAGGCCUUCUUCGGGCUCACCGAGACGGUCUCCGGGCGGGGCAGCGGUCGCCGGCUCAAGCGCGCAUAUUGGGCGCUGCGAGCCGAGUGGACUUCCCUCGCGCCGCCGGCGGACGAGGCGGCGCGCGGCCCGGCGGCGGCGGCGCUCAGCUUGGGCAGCCCCGCCGCAGCGGUGGCCGCGCGCGCCGCCGCGCUCGCCGGUGCGCCGCUGCGGUGCGGGGGCGGCUCGCACGGCGGCGAGUUGGGUGGGGUGGGGUUGUGGGUGGGCGUAGUUUUGCUGGGGGCUGUCCUCGGGAUGGGCUUGGGCUUGCGCGCCGCAGCCGCACUCGCCAGCGAUACUUCGCGGCGGGCGCCGGUCCUCACCACGCGCAGCCAGGCGCGCAAGAAGACCGAGCUGGUCGCGCUGGUGCCAGCGCCCGCCGUGGUGGACGGCAUCGAGGACGUCCCCGGCGGGCCGAGCGCGGCAAGGUGUGUGGGUGCGGCGGCGGAGCGGGCGAGGCCGGCGCGCCAUGCACGCCACAAGCGCGACCCAUAAGCCAGCCGCUGCGCGGAGCGAGGCAGCGACGGGAGGCGCGCGGAGGGCACGCCACACCUCCACGCAGGCCAUCGCACCACAGCCCACAGGCAGGGCUGGGAGGGGUCCCCGUCCGAUCGGCGUCGGGAGGGUUCCACAGGGCUCCCCCCUCCCCCCCCGUUUCAAUGCUCGCCGUCCCCCGAGCUCGGGUGAUAGGCAAGAGGGCUCGGGCGCCGGGUGGGCUCGGAGGGACGGUCGGACAAGGGGGGAUCUUCGUAGGGGUCGCAACAAAAAAAGUAAUACAC